GACCGCAGAGAGACACGCCUACUUCAGAACAUAGUAGAGAACAAGUCCUUUAACUCGGGAGUAUUUGUGGGUGAGUUGGAGCUGGACGUGGCCGAGGCUGCCAUCGUCUAUCAGGAGGCUCUCAGGCAUUCCCUCUCUGGUCUGGCGGUUGUGUUGCACGAUAUUCGCGAGGAGGAUUUCUGGCAGGGACAACUUGACGAGAAGAACGCACUUUUCGACAGGGUGUUCACUGAGCUCAGUGAUCGGCACUCUGAAUUGCUGAGGAAUGUGGACGCUCUGCAGACCCAGUAA